CGCCACCUUCCGCCUGACGCGCCCCCGGCGGCGGCCGCGCAGCCCUGGCUCCUCGCGGGCUCGGGCAGCGGCUGCGGCGCGGUGAUGGCGAGCGGCGGCGGCGGUAACACCGGCGCGGGUGGGACCCCGGGGCUGGGCCUGGGGCUGAGCCUCGGCAUGGGUGAGGCCACCGGCGACGCGGAGGAGGAGGCGGCCGCGGCCGAGGCGGUGGGACGCCUGGCCACGUCGCUGUGGCUGCGGCUCCGCGGCUGGGAGGCGGUGCUGGCGGCCGCACAGCGACUGCUGGUGUGGGAGAAGCCGCUGCACAGCCUGGUCACGGCGGCCGCACUCAACGGCCUCUUCUGGUUGUUGUCUUCGUCGUCCCUCCGGCCCUUCUUCCUGCUCAGCAUCUCACUUUUGACCUAUUUCCUGCUGGAUCUCUGGCAUCCUCGCUUUCUCCCCGACGUUUCAGCUUCACCCCCUGAGGAACCACACUCUGACAGUGAGGGUGCGGGGUCAGGCGCCCAGCCGCACCUGCUGAGUGUGCCCGAGUUGUGCAGAUACCUGGCUGAGAGCUGGCUCACCUUCCAGAUUCACCUGCAAGAGCUGUUGCAGUACAAGAGGCAGAAUCCAGCUCAGUUCUGUGCUCGAGUCUGUUCUGGCUGUGCUGUGCUAGCUGUGUUGGGACACUAUGUUCCAGGAAUUAUGAUUUCCUACAUUGUCUUGUUGAGUAUCCUGCUGUGGCCCCUGGUGGUUUAUCAUGAACUGAUCCAGAGGAUGUACACACGCCUGGAGCCCUUGCUCAUGCAGUUGGACUACAGCAUGAAGGCAGAAGCUGAUGCCCUGCAUCACAAACAUGACAAGAGGAAGCGGCAAGGGAAGAAUGCUCCCCCAGCAGGUGAUGAGCCACUGGCUGAAACAGAGAGUGAAAGCGAGGCGGAGUUGGCGGGCUUCUCUCUAGUGGUGGAUGUGAAGAAAACAGCACUGGCCUUGGCUAUUACAGACUCAGAACUGUCAGACGAGGAGGCCUCUAUCUUAGAGAGUGGCGGCUUCUCUGUUUCUCGGGCCACCACCCCACAACUCACAGAUGUUUCUGAGGAUUUGGACCAGCAGAGCUUGCCAAGUGAGCCUGAAGAGGCUCUGAGCCGCGAACUGGGUGAGGGGGAAGAGACAGAGCUGGCCCCUCCUGAAGACCUGCUAAAUGCCCCUCCAGCCCUCUCAAAGCAAGCGCUGGAUACAGAAGAGGCUGCAGUCAAGGAAACCUUGCUUCAGCUCUCAUCCCCUCUUCACUUUGUGAAUACGCACUUCAAUGGGGCAGGGUCCCCCCAGGAUGGAGUGAAAUGCUCCCCUGGAGGACCUGUGGAGACCCUGAGCUCAGAGGCAGUGAGUGCUGACAUAAUGGCUCCACCCAGAGCCCUCUCACCCCCACUUUGCCCGGCCGAAAGUGGUCCAGUUACCCUCCUCUCCCCCUCUGUGCUCCCAUCCCUUCCCCAGGACUCACCUCAACCCCUGGCUGCCCCUGAGGAGGAAGAGGCACUCACCACUGAGGACUUUGAGUUGCUGGAUCAAGGGGAGCUGGAGCAACUGAAUGCAGAGCUGGGCUUAGGACCAGAGAUGCCCCCAAAGCCCCCUGAUGUUCUGCCUCCUCCUCCCCUGGGGCCAGACAGCCAUUCUCUGGUACAGUCAGACCAAGAGGCUCAUGCAGCGGUUGAGCCAUGAGCCAUGGCAGAAUGAGCCGCAGGCAUAGUAGGGCUUCCUGACUAGGGAUGUCAAGUUUUCUCCUUUCCCUGCCACUCUGGGGAAAGGCACUAUGUAGAGAAGCUGGCUGUCAGAUGGAAGCCAGCCCAUUCUCUGCCUGCCUGCCUGUCUGCCUGCCUGCCUGCUAUCCUGGGACCUGGUAUAGUACCUGUGCCUGGGAUGGGUUUUAAGUUUGUAAAUAAUUUUCCAUUUGGGCUAGUGGAUGUGAUGGGACUAGGGAAGUCCUUCCAUAGCCUGCACUUGCUUCCCUGCCUCAUCUCUUCUCAUUCUACUAUGUCCCAAGCCCUGGUGGUCUAUCCUUUCUCUCUCUUCCUAUCCUCAGGGACCUGUGCUGCUCUGCCCUCAUGUCCCAUUGGUUGUUUAGUUCAGGCACUUUAUUAUUUUCUCUACUGUCCUACACUUCCCUUGGCUUUAUUUCCCUGCUGUGUCCUGUCCUUAGCAGCGUCAUCCCCACUCUUUGCCAACCUCUUCUUCCACAGGCACUGGCCAAGUUGUAGGGCAGGUUCUCUUUGGAGUGGCGUCAGGCCAGCAGUCCUGCACUUAGGUCACUGUAGCCUCCAGCCUGCACUGUACCCUUGCCCGGUUCAACCCUCAUGAUGCAGGAGAGCAGGGUCCCAUAGCACUUUGCCAGCACUGGGGUUGAUGAGCACGCUCUCUCUCUUUUUGAGGUGAGGGACUUCCCUGCUGUCUUAGGAAGAACAAAACCUACUCUUCUGGACCACAGUUGAGACUCUGCUAGGGUCUAAAGUGGAUAGAAACAUCUGUGUAGGUGUUAACUGGAAAAAUAAAGUGUUGAUUGGCUAGAACUCUUGCCUGCUUGCCUGCCUGCCUCACUGUGAGCUGCUCCCACACUGUGCACUUUGUCCCCUCCUGACCUUUAUGCCCUUCAUCCCAGUACUGCCCCUGGUUGGUUAUUUUCCUUGGUGUAAAAGCCAGAAGCAGGGAUUAUCCUGACAACUCAGCCAGCUCAACCAUCUUCCUGGAAUGUGUGGUAUGUAGUGAGACUUAGCAUGUAUGAAUAAAUUACAUGCAGGAGGAAA